AUGCCAAUUGCACAGCAGAGCAUUGCACAGCAGAUUGCUGACAGUGGACCGGUUAUGCAGCGUCCAAUUCAUCGACUCCCUGUACGGAAGCUGAGCAACGAUUCAAAAGAGGCCAUGAAUUGUAAAAGCUGUCGCAAGCGCAAGAUCAAAUGCAACAGGCUUAAGCCAAGUUGCGAGGCCUGUCAAGUGUUCAACUCUACUUGCGUCUAUGAUGCCGUUCCGAAGAAACGCGGCCCCAAGACCGACGUCCUGGAGGCAUUGCUCAAGCGAGUCAAUGGAUUGGAGAAGCGGCUCAAAGACGAACAACGAUCCAUCUCACCAAAAAGGGAAGGCGCACCUCCGCCAAUUGAUACCGUUGCAUCAAGCAGCCAUGAUGAUUCCGAUUCACCAAUGCAAGAGCCCAUCCCGAGGGUGUCGAGUCACACAAGGACCGACUUCAUACCAGAUCAGCGACUACCCGAAGCUUCUGCAUUUACCGACGUUCUGCUCGACACAUACUUUUCAUGCCUACACAACAAGCCAUUUUACAUUCUCGAUGAGUCUGCAACCCGAUUGAGAUUCAGAGACGGCCGAUUACCGCCGUUCCUGGUCGAUGCAAUCCAUGCAGUAACGAUCAAAUAUGCCCCACACCUCUACGGGGGCCAAGAAGGGGCCAGGCAGUCGAGCCACGCAUGCAUGGAUCGGGCCAGAGCCCAGAUCGAUGUUGAUGAACCAACAGUAGAGAAUCUGCAGGCGCUUCUACUGCUAGCGACGGCCAACUUCCAGAAUGGUCGAGGGAAGAAGUCUCAGAUGAUUUUGAACCAUGCAGUCAGCAUGGCUCUCGCUCUGAACCUACAUUUGGAGUUGCCUGCAGAGCUUCAAAUUGCUGUGUUUGAACGAGAAGGACGUCGGAAGUUGUUCUGGACUUGCUAUCUUAUGGAUCGCUUCUCUGUAAGCGGAUCAAAGAGACCAACUAUGAUUGCAGAUGAAUCGAUUCAUCUACGACUACCAGCGUGGCAGCCGCCUGGAUCGCGGGUGCUUGUAGAUGGGCCUUACUUUACCAACGGGUCAAACUUGUCGUAUACUACUGGUGCUUCAAACGCUGCACAAGGUGGUGGCGCAAUGCUCAUUGAGAUUGUGAGGAUGCUUGGCAUCACCAACCGCUAUCUCGGCGCAGGCGGCGUCAAGGGCGAUUCACACUUUCCAUGGCACUCUCAAUCUACCCUCUCCCGGAUAAGGUCGGAGCUCGAUAGCUGGGCAGCAGCAACUCGAGAGAUCUUCACAUCUGUCGAUGCAAUCUUUGGGUCACAGGAUAGCUCUGUGUUGGUCUUGAGCAAGCUCAUCUACCACUUGAUCCAUUGUCUGAUCUACAGACCUUUUCUUCCCAUCGAAUUAUCGGAGCUUUCGGGAACGGGACAGAGUCAGUCGUGGCAGAUCGAAGCCACACAUCUAUGCUUCUUGCAUGCGAAUGCCAUUGGAGAGCUCUGCCAAAUCGCUAGCCAUUCCACAACCCUUACAGAUUGGCCUAGCUUUGUCGGGUACUGUAUAUGCACUGCGGGAACCAUCCACAUCCACGGUACACAUUACGUGUCGUACCCACAGAGUGACACAUACCGUCAGAGCGGAGAGUAUCUCUCAAGAGGGAUGGCUCAUCUUCUGGAGCUUCGAUCGAUUUACGCAGGCCUUCAGCACCACCGCGACACUCUGACCGCAGCAUUCAACAGUCACGCCGAUCUCGUCAGAACAGCAUCCUCCAAUCCCGCGCGCUUUCCCCCAGCCUUUCAAAUGGAAGACUUCUUCGAUCGUUAUCCAGACUCCUACAUUGACGGCUCCCACGUCACAUUUUCGGAACUUGUGAUUCCCGAAGAUGCGCAGGAGGCUUUGCCAAUCUACAAUCAAUUUGAGCAAGCCAGUGAUCUCUGGACAGGACGGUCUGUGCCGCUGCACUCUCGUACCUCUACAAACCCCUCACAAUCCACCAUGCAAGAGCCCUCAAGACCCGAGUCUACCCAACCUCUCAUCGAAGAGGAAGCAAUGAUCCCAACGCCCUUGACAUCCCACUCACACCUUGACUCAGAUUACGUCGCGCGCGGUCUCGGUCUCGAGGGACUCCCAAUAGAAUUCCUAUCUACUCAUAAUUUCGGCUCCGCUCAAUUAGGUUCUGGACUUGGGUUGAAUACUGCUGUCCAUCAUAAUGGUAGUUUCACGACUUAUGACUUGUAUACGCCUAGCGGAACAAGUGCGGGCUCUGGGUCUGUGGAUACUACUACUGAUGAUGAUCCCUUUUUGAGUCUUUUGGGGCAGUUGGCUGAGAAUAAUAUGGCUUGUUUUGAUGAGCAUGGAGGGGGUGUGGAGUUUUGUAUGGAUGGCUGA